AUGAGACUCCUUGUGCUGGCUGCUCUGCUUACAGUGUGUGCCGCAGAGGGCGGCGUGAGCACGCGGGCACUGUGGCAGUUCCGCAACAUGAUCAAGUGCGUGAUUCCUGACAGCGACCCCUUGAAAGAUUACAACAACUACGGCUGCUACUGUGGCCUGGGAGGAUCCGGCACCCCUGUGGAUGAACUGGACCAGUGCUGCCAGACACACGACCGCUGCUACGACCAAGCCAAGAAGCUGGACAGCUGCAAAUUCCUCCUGGACAACCCCUACACCAAAAGCUACUCAUACAAAUGCUCUGGCUCAGAGAUCACCUGCAGCAGCAAAAACACACCCUGCCAGGCCUUCAUCUGCAACUGUGACCGCAAUGCUGCCAUCUGCUUUUCAAAGGCCCCAUACAACAACGAGAACAAGAACCUGGACACCAAGAAGUACUGUUAA